UUAUCUUUACCGAAAGAAACUCGAAUCGAAUUUAGUUUCAGAAGAUUCAGUCAUCUUCCUCAAGGAAAAAAUAAAGAUUUCAUUCAUGCCCAACGAUAAUGUCGUACGAGCUGCAUACCUUGGAAAAAUGCUAACAGAUUGUUUACUCGCAGACCAAGCACACGUACGCAGAUUUUCCAAAAACAAAAAUGGAGAGAAAUACACCAGUGAGAAAGCCACACACUUCCACCGCCGAUCUCCUCACGUGGAAGGAGGCUCCUCCUUCUGAAUCUCCGGCCAAGGUCACCGCCCACCGCUCUCACCAGCCGUCGGAUAGGAUCGGCAAGGUUCUGUUUGGAGGUCAGGUCACCGAUGAAGAAGCUGAUAGUCUCAUGAAGAAGAAGCCUUGUUCAGGGUAUAAAUUAAAGGAAAUGACUGGCAGUGGUAUAUUUAAAGCUAAUGGUGGAGGAGAUGCAUCUGAAUCUGGUGCCAGUAAUCCAAUUAACAAAACUAGUGUGCGUGUUUAUCAGCAAGCAAUGAAUGGAAUUAGUCAAAUAUCAUUUAAUGCUGAGGAGAGAAUCUCUCCUAAGAAGCCUACCUCUCUUCCUGAAGUAGCAAAACAGCGUGAGUUAAGCGGGACUUUGCAAAGUGAAUCUGACAUGAAGAGUAAAAAGCAGAUAUCAAACGCAAAAUUCAAGGAGAUCAGUGGGCAUGACAUCUUUGCCCCUUCCCCCGAAAUCAAACCUCGAUCCUUAGCUGCUGCUCGCACAUUGGAACCAAAAGAAAACAAAGACAUUGAGAAACCUGCCCCACGAAAUAUACGCACUUCUGUAAAAGUUUCUAAUCCUGCUGGAGGUCAGAGUAAUAUCCUGUUUGGUGAAGAACCAGUUAAGAGAACAUCAAAGAAAAUACACAACCAGAAGUUUCAAGAGUUGACAGGCAAUAACAUUUUCAAGGGAGAUUUUCCUCCAGGAUCUGCAGAAAAGCCACUAAGCAAUGCUAAACUGAAAGAAAUUAGUGGCAGUAACAUCUUUGCCGAUGGAAAGUCAGAAUCCAGGGACUACUUUGGUGGUGUUCGCAAGCCUCCUGGUGGUGAGAGCAGCAUCGCAUUGGUGUAACUUGUGGGCCAAUCUAACUAGCUAUAUUUGCAUGAUUCAGGUAACGUUAUUGUUCUACAUUAUUCCUGUGUGAGCGCUUGUGUUUCCCCUAGUGAAGUGCCCUUUCGACGUUAGAGUGGUGUAUGAUGGCUUUGGAUUAUGUAUAACCCAUUUGACAUUUAGAUUAAUGUACUGGAUCGGAUGGCCAGUUGAGUUAUUUCUACUUCUUAAAUCUUAAUCAUGCCUGAUUUAGUUA